AACAAGCUGCAAACCUUUCUUGUGCUAGCUAUCAAGAAACUAGAAAGCACUCAUACAUGAGGAUGAAGAUACUUCUUUUCCUCGUUGCUACAAUAUUAGCAACAUGCCAUGGCUCCUCAGACCAUGGCGUUUCCUUCAAUGUCUUCCCUCUCCGGAUGAAAACUGGCUCCGGUGGCCACUACAUUCCUGAUGUAUCUUGCGCUAGUUGGACACUUGGUGUGGAAGCACACAACAUAAUUAACUGGAAAACUAUUCCAGAAGAAUGUGAAGGAUAUGUAGGUAACUACAUGAUAGGCCAACAAUACAGAUCUGACUCCAAAACUGUGUGUAAACAAGCCUAUUUUUAUGCUAGGAGUCUCAAUCUCCCUCGAGAUGGCAAGAACAUUUGGGUGUUUGACAUAGAUGAGACUUCACUGUCUAACCUCCCAUACUAUGCUGAACACGGUUUUGGAUUGGAACUAUAUAACGACACGGCGUUUAAUCUAUGGGUUGACCGUGCCGCCGCACCUGUACUGCCGGAGUCUCUGAAACUGUACAACAAACUCUUGUCUCUUGGCAUCAAGAUUGCAUUCUUAACAGGAAGACCAUUGUCUCAAAAGGACAAUACUGCUAAGAACUUAAAGCUUGCUGGGUUCUACACUUGGGAAAAGCUCAUUCUCAAGGAACCAUCAACAUAUUCUGGUAAAACAGCAGUUACAUACAAAUCAGCGGAGAGAAAGAAACUGGAGGAAGAAGGAUACAGAAUCAUUGGAAACAUUGGAGACCAGUGGAGUGAUAUCUUAGGAACCACCACAGGCAACAGGACUUUCAAGCUGCCUGAUCCCAUGUACUACAUUAGUUGAGGACUUGACGUCUCUCUAGCCUAAGGAAUAAGAGCGUAUAUUUUGAUACGCAUUAAAAAGUAUGAAGAACAACUUAAAAAAUAAGAUAUUUUGGUGCACUUUUUAUUAAAGUAACAACUUAUUACUCUAAAAAAA